AUGAGAGACCCAGAUAUUGUACAAAAUACGCGAUCUUUGAUAUUGUUGAGAGUCUUGACGCAUGAAAAGUUGAUUCAAAGUCAUCGCUAUUUCUUCGUUGGUUGGAUUCACAAGAAUCUCUCUCGCUUUCGACGGAAGAUUCGAAGAAGAUUCCUCCAUUGCGAUUUCUCAGGAUUCGGAUUUUUUCCGAGAAGAUUUCUUUUCGGUUUUGUUCUGGAGAAGAUGGCCUGCGUCAUCUAUUACGGACCGGACGGAGAACUCAAGACAUGGCCUAAGGAGCGAGAGAAAGUGGAAGACAUUGCUCUCAGGUAUAGUCAAUUAAACGAAGCCUUGAGAAGGAAGAAAAGUGUUACUCUUUAUGACUUCCUGAACAAGAAGAAGGACAAGACGAAUUUGGAGAAGAAAGCAAUGAUAACGGACAAUGAUGACUUGAAGACUUGUUUGAAGAACGUGAAUGUUUUAAAGUCUCCAAUCGCUGAUCAUUACUUUAAUGACCAAAUUUCUCAACUGAUUCAGUCCUUAGAACCUCAUGUCUCUAAAGUCCAAGAAAGGAUUCGUUUUGUUGAGUCGCAGAAACAUAAGGAGACAAAACUGGAUCAUCAGAGUUUAGCAUCAAUAUAUUCUCUGAACCAAUCUUUGAACCCUAGCCAGUUCACGCUGUUUUUGUACAACCAUGGAGACAAUACUAUGUCUCAGAUCCCAGUGACUGCAUAAAACUUCAAUCAGGAUUUCUCAGAGUUACUACAAGAAUCUGGUUUGAUGAAGCAAGAGCUUUGUGGUUAUGAUCAGAACAUGUUUAUGAACAACAACAACUUCCAACAUUCUUUUGUCUCAAACACACAAGAUUACUCUGCUCUCCAAGAAUCGGUGAAUAACAACUAUGGGUUGAUGCCGAAUGUUCUUUGUGGUUAUGAUCAGAACCUGUUCACGAGUGAUAUUACCAACAACAACCUUCUUAUCGACAACUCGAUGUAUCUCUGA